GCCUGCCCGCGGCGCGGGGGAAAGUUGAGUUGGGAGAAGUUGGGAGCGGCGGGGGUGCGCCCCGAGGUGGGCACUAGGGAGUCGUCGGGAGCGCGCGAGGGCUCCGGAGAAGGGGGAGAGACCCCGAGACCCCCGGGGCACGAAGUCCAGAGCAAGCGGGUUAUGCCGCCGCCUUGUUGUCCUGAAAGCCGCAGUGACAGUGAAAAGGGCUAAGAUUUGGCCAUGAGCAGCGCCCCCCGGCGCCCAGCCCCGGGCGCAGAUUCUUUCUGUACUUAUGACUCAGACCACCGCCAGUCCUCCCACCACAUCCAUCACCCACUGUCCGCUCACUUGCCUCCGGACACUCGCCGCCGCAAGACCCCCCAGGGCCUGGGACGGAAGCCUCGAAGGCGCCCUGGGGCCUCCCCCACUGGGGAGACCCCCACCAUUGAAGAGGGGGAAGAAGACGAGGAUGAGACCAGCGAGGCCGAGGGGGCCCGGGCACUUACCCAACCAUCGCCUGCCUCCACACCCUCUUCGGUGCAGUUCUUUCUCCAGGAGGAUGAAGGCAUUGACCGGAAGGCAGAGAGGACCAGUCCGUCUCCUCCUCCAGCAGUGCCCUACCAGGAGGUGGCUCCUCGGGCCAGCAAAGGGGCCCAGACUGGAGCCCCUGUGGAAGAGGUGGCGGCUGUGGCCAGUGGCACGGCAGGAGGUGAUGAUGGGGGCGCUUCCGGGCGCCCCCUGACCAAAGCGCAGCCUGGACACCGGAGCUACAACCUGCAGGAGAGGAGGCGCAUCGGAAGCAUGACUGGGGCCGAGCAGGCCCUGCUGCCCCGCGUCCCCACAGACGAGAGCGAGGCCCAGACGCUGGCCACCGCGGACCUGGACCUCAUGAAGAGUCACCGGUUUGAGGACGUUCCUGGAGUGCGUCGGCACUUGGUGCGGAAGAACGCCAAAGGGUCUGGGCAGGGUGGCCGGGAAGGGCGAGAGCCUGUCCCCACACCUCGGACCCGGCCCCGGGCUCCCCACAAGCCUCACGAGGUGUUCGUGGAGCUCAAUGAGUUGCUGCUGGACAAAAACCAGGAGCCUCAGUGGCGGGAGACGGCACGCUGGAUCAAGUUCGAGGAGGACGUGGAGGAGGAGACGGAGCGCUGGGGGAAGCCCCAUGUGGCCUCGCUGUCCUUCCGCAGCCUCCUGGAGCUCCGCCGGACCCUGGCCCAUGGGGCCGUGCUGCUGGACCUGGACCAGCAGACCCUGCCGGGGGUGGCCCACCAGGUGGUGGAGCAGAUGGUCAUCUCUGACCAGAUCAAGGCUGAGGACAGAGCCAACGUGCUGCGGGCCCUGCUGCUGAAACACAGCCACCCAAGUGAUGAGAAGGACUUCUCCUUCCCUCGAAACAUCUCAGCCGGCUCCCUGGGCUCCCUGCUUGGGCACCACCACGGCCAGGGAGCUGAGAGUGACCCCCAUGUCACCGAGCCUCUCAUCGGAGGUGUGCCCGAGACUCGGCUAGAGGUGGAGCGAGAGCGGGAGCUGCCACCUCCGGCCCCGCCAUCCGGCAUCACCCGCUCCAAGUCCAAGCACGAACUGAAGCUCCUGGAGAAGAUCCCUGAGAACGCUGAGGCCACGGUGGUCCUUGUGGGCUGCGUGGAGUUCCUCUCCCGCCCCACCAUGGCCUUCGUGCGGCUGCGGGAGGCCGUGGAGCUGGACGCGGUGCUGGAGGUGCCCGUGCCCGUGCGCUUCCUCUUCCUGCUGCUGGGCCCGAGCAGCGCCAACAUGGACUACCAUGAGAUCGGCCGCUCCAUCUCCACCCUCAUGUCGGACAAGCAAUUCCACGAGGCAGCCUACCUGGCAGAUGAGCGGGAGGACCUGCUGACGGCCAUCAACGCCUUUCUGGACUGCAGCGUGGUGCUGCCGCCCUCGGAGGUGCAGGGCGAGGAGCUGCUGCGCUCCGUCGCUCACUUCCAGCGCCAGAUGCUCAAGAAACGGGAGGAACAGGGCCGGCUGUUGCCCAUGGGGGCAGGACUGGAGCCCAAAUCGGCCCAGGAUAAGGCGCUCCUGCAGAUGGUAGAGGCGGCGGGCGCAGUCGAAGACGAUCCCCUCCGGCGGACGGGCCGGCCCUUCGGGGGCCUGAUCCGGGACGUGCGGCGCCGCUAUCCCCACUACCUGAGCGACUUCCGAGAUGCGCUGGACCCCCAGUGCCUGGCUGCCGUCAUCUUCAUCUACUUCGCCGCCCUGUCCCCUGCCAUCACCUUUGGGGGGCUGCUAGGAGAGAAAACGCAGGACCUGAUUGGGGUGUCAGAGCUGAUCAUGUCCACGGCGCUCCAGGGUGUCAUCUUCUGCCUGCUGGGGGCCCAGCCACUGCUGGUGAUCGGCUUCUCCGGGCCCCUGCUGGUGUUUGAGGAGGCCUUCUUCUCGUUCUGUAGCAGCAACAACCUGGAGUACCUGGUGGGCCGCGUGUGGAUCGGCUUCUGGCUGGUGCUUCUGGCCCUGCUCAUGGUCGCCCUGGAGGGAAGCUUCCUCGUGCGAUUUGUCUCCCGGUUCACCCAGGAGAUCUUUGCCUUCCUCAUCUCCCUCAUCUUCAUCUAUGAGACCUUCUACAAGCUGAUCAAGAUCUUCCAGGAACAUCCCCUCCAUGGCUGCUCGGUCUCCAACAGCUCUGAGGCGGACGGCAGUGAGAACACCACAUGGCACGGGGCGGGAGCCACACCGGCGCCGGGGAACGGGAGCUUGCCUGUGCCACCCGGGCAGGGGAGGCCCCGCGGCCAGCCCAACACGGCCCUGCUGUCGCUGGUGCUCAUGGCCGGCACCUUCUUCAUCGCCUUCUUCCUGCGCAAGUUCAAGAACAGCCGGUUUUUCCCUGGCCGGGUGCGGCGGGUGAUUGGGGACUUUGGGGUGCCCAUCGCCAUCCUCAUCAUGGUGCUCGUGGAUUACAGUAUUGAGGACACCUAUACCCAGAAGCUGAGCGUGCCCAGCGGGUUCUCUGUGACAGCCCCCGAAAAGCGGGGCUGGGUCAUCAACCCUCUGGGGAAGAAUGGCUCCUUCCCCGUGUGGAUGAUGGUCGCCAGCCUCCUGCCCGCCAUCCUGGUCUUCAUCCUCAUCUUCAUGGAGACGCAAAUCACCACGCUGAUCAUCUCCAAGAAGGAGCGCAUGCUGCAGAAGGGCUCCGGGUUCCACCUAGACCUGCUGCUCAUCGUGGCCAUGGGCGGCAUCUGUGCUCUGUUCGGCCUGCCCUGGCUGGCUGCCGCCACCGUCCGCUCCGUCACCCACGCCAACGCACUCACUGUCAUGAGCAAGGCCGUGGCGCCUGGGGACAAGCCCAAGAUCCAGGAGGUCAAGGAGCAGCGGGUGACAGGGCUGCUGGUCGCCCUGCUUGUGGGCCUCUCCAUUGUGAUCGGGGACCUGCUCCGGCAGAUCCCCCUGGCUGUGCUCUUCGGGAUUUUCCUGUACAUGGGAGUUACGUCCCUUAACGGGAUCCAGUUCUAUGAGCGGAUGCACCUGCUGCUCAUGCCCCCCAAACACCACCCAGAUGUCACUUAUGUCAAGAAGGUUCGGACUCUCCGUAUGCACCUGUUCACAGCCCUGCAGCUGCUCUGCUUGGCCCUGCUCUGGGCGGUCAUGUCCACGGCCGCCUCCCUGGCCUUCCCCUUCAUCCUCAUCCUCACAGUGCCGCUCCGCAUGGUGGUGCUCACCCGCAUCUUCACGGAGCGAGAGAUGAAAUGUCUGGAUGCGAACGAGGCGGAGCCGGUGUUUGACGAGCGAGAGGGUGUGGACGAGUACAACGAGAUGCCCAUGCCAGUGUAGCCGCCGCCCAGACUGACGGCUGAGGGACCGAUGGACAGAGGGAACGGGGUGGGGGUGCUCUCCCCAUCCCCUCCCUCGUUUUUAUUUAAGUGAAUAAUUUAAAGUCCCCUUUCCAUCCCCCCCCACAGUAAAGUGCUUCGGCCCCCACCUA